UAUCUAUGGCUUAGUUAGAAUUUGUCAAAUCAUCGAAUCGUAGUUGUACUCAUUUUGGAAAGAAAGAAAACUGCUGAUUAUACACAGAAAACAUCCAUUGUAAACUGAUUGUUAGUUGUAUUAAAACAAGAUGAAUAUUACAUCAGCCGCGGGGAUAAUAUCCCUGCUCGACGAGCCCAUAUCUGAGGUAAAAGAGUUUGCUCUCAAGAGGUUGGAUUGCAUCGUUGAUGAGUUUUGGCCCGAGAUAUCGGAGUCCAUCGAAAAGAUCGAAAUUCUACACGAAGACAAAGUAUUCUCGCAGCAUCAGCUGGCAGCCUUAGUGGCGAGCAAGGUAUACUACCACUUAGGAGCUUUUGAAGACUCAUUGACGUAUGCGCUUGGUGCCGGAGAUUUGUUUGAUGUGAACGCCAGGAACGAGUAUGUGGACACGACAAUUGCGAAGGCGAUCGAUUUCUACACGCAGAAGAGGAAGGCGCUAUUUAUCGACAGCUCUGCUGAGAUAAUCGACCCCAGGUUGGAGGCUAUAGUGAAUCGCAUGUUCCAACGCUGCCUGGACGAUGGUCAAUACCGACAGGCGCUGGGCCUGGCGCUCGAGACCCGCCGGAUGGACAUCUUCGAGGAGUCCAUCAUGAAAUCUGAUGACAUUGCAGGUAUGCUGCAGUAUGCCUUUACAGUGGCCAUGAGCCUUCUGCAAAACAGAGGCUUCCGCAGCACCGUCCUCCGUUCACUGGUGGGUUUAUAUAGGGGAUUGAACAUCCCGGACUAUGUCAAUAUGUGCCAAUGCCUCAUCUUCCUUGAAGAUCCUCUCUCAGUUGCCGAAAUCCUGGACAAACUUACACAUGGACCUCUGGAAUCUGUUCACAUGGCCUACCAAAUUGGUUUUGAUUUAUAUGAUUCAGCUACACAACAAUUUUUGGGCAGGGUUUUACAAGCCUUGAGAACUACAGCACCCAUACCAAGUGCCUUGGGUGGUAAACCUCAACCACAAGGAGGUCCAUUCCCUGAAACAGCAAUGGAAGUAGAUCAAGCACCAGCUGAAGAGACAAAGAAGCCUGAGAGAGAUAUUGACAGUUUAAAUGAUGAAGAAAAGGAACAUCAAAGAAGAGUGGAGAAAUUAAUAUCAAUAUUAGGUGGUGAUGUUUCUAUAGGACUUCAACUUCAAUUUUUGAUCAGGUCAAACCAUGCUGACAUGUUAAUCUUAAAAAACACUAAAGAUGCCAUCAGAGUAACAAUUUGUCAUACAGCAACAGUCAUUGCUAAUGCUUUUAUGCAUGCUGGAACAACCAGUGAUCAAUUUUUAAGAGACAACUUAGAAUGGCUAGCUAGGGCUACCAAUUGGGCCAAACUGACCGUUACAGCUUCCCUUGGAGUCAUUCAUCGAGGUCACGAAAACGAAUCCUUAGCUCUCAUGCAAUCAUACUUGCCCAAAGAGGCUGGUCCUUCUUCAGGGUAUUCCGAGGGUGGUGGCUUAUAUGCUUUGGGCUUGAUUCAUGCCAACCAUGGAGCAAAUAUCAUUGACUAUCUUCUAACCCAAUUAAAAGAUGCUCAGAAUGAGAUGGUGCGCCAUGGAGGCUGUCUUGGUCUUGGUUUGGCUGCCAUGGGUACACAUAGACAAGAUGUCUAUGAGCAACUUAAGUUUAACCUUUACCAAGAUGAUGCUGUAACUGGUGAAGCAGCUGGAAUAGCCAUGGGCAUGGUCAUGUUGGGUUCCAGGCAUGCGGCAGCCAUUGAAGAUAUGGUGGCAUAUGCUCAAGAGACUCAACAUGAGAAGAUCUUACGAGGCUUGGCAGUUGGUAUCGCCUUUACCAUGUAUGGUAGGCUUGAAGAGGCUGAUGCACUGGUACAGCAGUUAUUGAGAGACAAGGACCCGUUGUUGCGACGCGCUGGAUGCUACACUAUCGCUACGGCGUACUGCGGCACAGGAAACAAUGACUCCAUCAGAACAUUACUUCAUGUGGCCGUUUCUGACGUCAACGAUGACGUACGUCGCGCCGCCGUCACCGCGCUUGGCUUUUUGCUCUUUAGAACUCCAGAGCAAUGCCCUUCAGUCGUAUCCCUUCUUGCCGAAUCCUAUAAUCCUCACGUCCGUUAUGGCGCUGCUAUGGCUUUGGGGAUCGCCUGUGCCGGCACAGGAAAUCGCGACGCUAUUGGCCUUUUAGAGCCUAUGGUGAAAUUCGACCCCGUUAACUUCGUGAGACAAGGCGCUUUGAUUGCUUCUGCUAUGAUUCUUAUUCAGCAAACUGAGACUCUCUGCCCGAAAGUGACCUACUUCCGACAACUCUAUGCCCAAGUAAUCUCGAACAAACACGAAGAUGUAAUGGCUAAAUUUGGCGCCAUUUUGGCUCAAGGUAUCAUUGACGCCGGUGGUCGAAAUGUCACAGUAUCUCUCCAGAACAGAACUGGGCACAUGAACAUGCUUGCUGUGGUGGGCAUGUUAGUCUUUACUCAAUACUGGUAUUGGUUCCCUCUAGCCCAUUGUUUAUCACUUGCUUUUACACCUACUUGUUUGAUUGCCCUCAAUUCGGAUUUGAAAAUGCCUCAAUUGGAGAUUAAAUCUAACGCAAAGCCAUCCCUUUAUGCCUACCCGGCUCCCCUAGAGGAGAAGAAACGUGAGGAAAGGGAGCGAGUUACCACUGCCGUACUCAGUUUCGCGGCGGCCAAAGCCCGCAGGAGGGCGCACGGCGCCGACAGCUCCGCCAGCAGCGUCACUUCGUCUUCAACUUCUAAAAUGGAAGUAGAUGAAGAAGAAAAGAAGCCUUCAAAAUCUCCAAACUUGAAUAUUACCGUGCACGGAAAAUCCGAAAAAGAGACUAGCAAAGACGGAAAGAAGGAAGAAAAAGAAGAGGAGAAAGAAACUAAAGAGAAAAAGGAACCUGAGCCCACAUUCGAAAUCUUGUCCAAUCCAGCCAGAGUAAUGAGGCAGCAGCUGAAAUGCAUUACUAUCGUAGAGGGAUCAGGGUUCACGCCAUUGAAGGAUAUAACUAUUGGUGGUAUUGUCAUGUUAAAUCACUCGGGAGAUAUGGAGCAAGUGCUAGUCGAACCAGUGGCGGCUUUCGGACCGAAAACUGAAGAGGAAAAAGAACCCGAGCCACCAGAACCUUUCGAGUAUUUAGACGAUUGAUGUAGCCUCUUUGAUUAAUGUUAUUCAUUUCAUAUGUAAUAGGACCAUUAUAAAAUCAUUGAGAAAUGUAUUAACAUGUUAUGAUUUCUAGAUUGAAAUGUUGAAGUACACGUCAUUAUUAUUGUGUUUCACCAUCUAAUAAAUAAUUGUAAUUACAUAAUAUA